AUCUAGAUGUAGAUCGACGAAGCACGGAUGAAUUGCAAAAUGCCAAGCUAUAUCCAAUCAACAAGACUUACUCACUCCGUGUACUUGGAGGAUAUCGAUUGCAUCCUUUGCCAUCGUUCUUUCAACGGAGUUGAACAAUUCCUCAUCCGAUGGAAACAUGUCACUCUGGCAUCACCACGAUCAGCUGUAGUAUCAUGGCAUCCAAUCUCGGAAUUGUCAAGAUGCUUGCAGUUGGUCCAAACCUAUGUCGAAGAACAAGGAGUUGGCGAGGGCAAAGCGUCUGGUCUUCAGCUGCCUCUGCUGCCGACUAGUAGGAAGAGAAAGACCCCAGACCACGAGCACGAGCACGAGCACGAGCACGAGAUAGAACGAUCACAAGUCAACAUUCGGGGAGCAUCUGGCCUGCUUUCCCCAUUGCCUUCACAUGUCGGCUCUGUGUCUCCGAAGAUGCUUUCUCCAGAAUUUGACGUACUCGUGUAUAAUGGUUUCUUAAAACGCAAAUGCGGCCGCAUCUUCGCUUUGCAUUUGCGACGAUUCAGCGACAGUUUUACUGAGAUUGAUGCGACAACUUUGCCAAAUGCCGACAUGACCCGAGCCGCGAGGCUAACACCAUUGGUGUCGACUGCACGAGCUAUCCGGUUAGGAUUUCUCGAGAAGCUACGACGAGUGAACGGGCUGUAUCUCGAGAACAAGGUCAAUAGCACCACGCCACCGCUGCACUUUCGAUUUAUCAAAGAAUACGUCUUUUUGGAUGACGAGCUCCAGACCUCAAACGAUGCGUUUGUAGGUUGCCAGCAAUGUCGACCGAACAUGGGCCAGAAUAUUGGCUGCGAAUAUACUCAGAAGUGCGAUUGUCUCGAAUACGCUAAUGUUGAUGAAGAAAAGCUGAAGAGCACCAACCUCGUCAUGUACAAUAAAUACAUCGAAGACCUUAAGACUAGCGGCCAAGUCGACACUCUCGGUCUGCCGAAGCGCUUUCCUUACACGAAGCCGAACCUUGACAAUCCCAACGUUCCCCAGAAGUUGCUCGCGUACUACCGCGAAUCACGAUAUCCGAUCUACGAAUGCAAUCACAAGUGCAGGUGCGGCCCUCGGUGCAAAAGUCGCCUUGUACAGAAGGGCCGCAAAGUACCGCUCACAAUUUUCAAGACGGACAACAAGCGUGGGUGGGGCGUGUAUUGCAACGAAGACCUCGUUCAAGGCCAAUUCAUCGAUACCUACCUCGGAGAAGUAAUCACAAGCCAAGAGGCUGAUCGUCGAGAAGCCGACAGCGGCUCAGAGAAGAACAGCUACCUCUAUGCCCUUGACAAAUUCGUGGGUGAAGGUGGGAUCACUGAAGAGAAUUGCUUAGUAAUCGAUGGGCAAUACAUGGGGGGACCGACUCGUUUCAUCAAUCACAGUUGUGAGCCAAAUUGUCGACAGUACACGGUGUCGUACAACAAGUAUGACAACAGACUCUACAACUUAGCCUUCUUUGCGUACGAGAACAUUCCUGCAGGCGUCGAAUUGACGUUCGACUACAUGGACUUGGACGAGGUCGAAGAGGAUGAAGCAAUUCGACUUCGUGAGGCAGCGAUGAAAGAUCCUCGCAACGCUGGCAGGGUUCCGUGCAAUUGUGGAACGGUCAAAUGCAGGGGGUUUCUAUGGGAUCAAUCGCGAGACGAGGCGUAGUGAUGUCGUGAACGAGGUUGGAUGACUGUAUGGCGCUAUGUACCGAGCACGGUGCUUUCUGGAUGCGCAUUAUUGAUUUGGAUGAUACCCCCCUUGCACUGUUGUGAUGAACUGCGGAGUCGUCGACACUUGAUCAUGCAUUUACAAUCUUAUCGAUGGGGCCGGAGUUUAUGCAGCAUUUUCUGUUUUCACGGUUGCGGGCGACGAGCUAUGGACAGCCAGAAGACUUCUGAGCUCAAUACUCGCCGUCGCAGUUUGCUUGCCGAGUCUCCAAUGGCCGAGAUCAACGUUGUAUGAUUAGUCAUAAGAUUUUUCAAAGAGGGGCCUUCGAUGCGAAGUUUCCAUGUCCAUCGAGUGUGACAUAUUGCGGAAUGUAAUAAAUC